AUGUCUACCAAAUAUAUCAACAAGCUUAAUGGCCAGCGCGUCCUGGUGAUCGGUGGCUCAACAGGUAUUGGCUUCGCCGUUGCCGAAGCAGCCCUCGAACACGGCGCAAAUGUCGUUAUCAGCAGCUCCAACCAAUCCAAAAUCGAUUCUGCCAUCGAGCGCCUCAAAACUCACAUAAACAACAACCACCUUCCAAUUAGGAAGAUCUCUGGAAAAGUCUGCAACCUCGCCAAACCGGAAACAAUCGAGGCCAACGUCAAAGAACUACUCGAAUCUGCUUCUCAAGACGGAAAACUCGACCAUGUCGUCUUCACGGCCGGAGACUUUAAUCCUUCGCCAAGUCUCGACUCAGCGACUGUCAGUGUCAUCUCUAAAAUCGGCAUGGUUCGCGUUAUGGGCGCUCUUUUUGUCGCGAAGCAUCUCUCGAGUUAUAUCAACCAGACGAACCGCAGUUCGUUUACCAUCACGGGAACAACUACUGACUCUCGUCCUGCUGGAGCGGGUUGGUCUGUUCUCAAAGCAGCAGCCGGUGGAAUCGAGCCAAUGACUCGUGCUUUGUGUAUGGAUCUCAAGCCUGUACGUGUGAAUUGCGUCACGCCGGGAUUUGUGCAUACAGCUCUGUUUGAUGGGUUUCCGCAAGACGUUAGGGAUGUUAUUUUUCCUGCUAUGGAGAAGGACUCUGUUGCAGGUAGGCUUGGGACUGCAGAGGAGUUGGCGGAGGCUUAUGUUUAUUUGAUGAAGUGUACUUUUGCUACUGGGUCGAUUGUUGUCGUCGAUGGAGGUAGGAUUGUUGGAGAUGACAAGACUGGUGAUAAUGAGAAGGGUCUUGAGCCGAUAGCUGAUGCCACCGGCAAGAGCUUUGCCUCUAACGACUUCUUUGGUGUUGUACGAAAGUUCGCGGGUUAUGAUACUAGGACACUCGACCGCCAAGUAUUCCUGCGUCAGCUCUACGAACUGCUGCCCGAUAAGUCUCAAGUUUACGAAAAGGCCCGUGUUGAGGAUACUAUUGAAGAGAACUCGUCAGCCCGUGUCGUUCUAGCUGAUGGUCGUGAGUUCGUUGGUGAUGUAGUAGUUGGAUCUGAUGGCGUCCAUUCCAAAGUCCGCGAAAUCAUGUGGGACAAAGCCAACGCUCUGCGCCCUGGAAUGAUCACAGUUGGUGAAAAGAGAGCUAUGGUCACUCAAUACAAUGCCAUUGUAAUGGCAAGCUCGCCAGUCCCAGGUAUUGGUGCUCACGACAUGGAAAUCACUUCCAAUGACAAGUACUCCUUUCUUCUCCUCUGCCAGCCAGACUGGAUAUCCAUCAUUGUGCACAGCAAGCUCCCUGAAGACCAACAGUAUACUGUCGUCUUUGGGGAGUUGUGGAAGCGACGUCUGAAAGCACAAAUGAUAUCACUUGAAGAAGGAGUUCUGGAGCAUUGGACCUCCGGCCGAAUUGUUCUGGCUGGAGACGCUGUUCACAAGGUCACCCCGAACUCGGCCCUUGGAGGCAACAGAGCGAUGGAAGAUGCCUUCGUAACCGCGAACACGCUCCAUGCUCUAUUGGCGAGGCACCCAAACAAAAAGCCCAGUGACGUAGAGCUACAAGAUGCCAUGCGCCAAGAGUAUCAAGACACGAGAGUAGACCGUGCUCGCGCCAUAGUCAAAGCCGGAGGUGUCUUGACGAGACAGCAAGCUUAUGACGGAUGGAAGGCAUACAUCACCCAGAGAUGGUUGACGCCCGUCAUAGGACUCGAUAAGUUGGCCCAGAAGAUUGCAGGUCUAUGCGUUACAGCGCCUAAACUGAACUAUGUCGAGUUUGAAGAGAGAAGAGGGAUCCUGGGAUGGCAAGACACGAUGGAGGCGGAGAAGGAGCAUUCAAUGAAGGGCAAGGCGGCGAAGAAGGAGAAGACAGGAAUGUCUUGGAGUAAUUGGAACGGCGGAUUUGAAGCUAUUUUCCCGCAUAUAUCGGGAGUCUUGGUAAUUUUGUGGUUGGCCUUGUGGUUAUUUCAUCUCAUCGAUUCUGAGCACCAUGUGCCUGGCUUUGAGAGGGACACUCUAAGUUUUGUUGAAGUCUUCAACACGAGCUGGAGGAAGCCUUACUGA